AACGAGAGUGAGUGAGCGAGCGAGCGAGGGAGGAAACGAGCGACAGAGUGAGCGAGCGAGAGAGAAAGAGAGAGAGAGGCUGUUGGGAGGAGUGAGGGAGAGAGACUGUGUGUGAGAGAGAGAGAGAAAGAGAGAGAGAAGCAAGGCGUGCAGAGACGGAGAAAUAAAGAGCACAUUAAGCAGGAUAGGGAGCAGGAAGGAGCGCGGGGAACCUCAACCUGAACCUCAGUCAGCUUGGCUUACGGAGCACCGCGAGACACACUGCACACACACGCGCGCACACACACACGCACACACACACUCACGGGCAUUGUUGUGGUGUGCUCUGGGCUUGGUUUUUAUUGUCGUCUGGGGGGAGACCUCUCCUUGUUAUCCUGCCUGCAGAAAAAAAGAGAAAGAGAGAGAGAGAGAGAGAAAAGCUACGGACUGCCGCGGAGAGCGUUUGAGUCUGACCGUCUGACUCCCCCCCUCCUCCUCUCUCCUACUCGUGUCCUCGGCGUGCCGUCCUCUCCUCCUCCUGCGAGUGACAGACGCUGAGUAGAGAGAGAGAAUAAAAAAAGAAAGAAAGAAAAGAAGGGACUCUCCGACACCAAUCGCCGCCACGCUCUCUCUCUCGGCUGGCUCUGCACGGACCGCUGGAAAAGGGAUCGGGAAUCGCUACGGUUUGCAAACACACACAGACACACACACACACGAGCGCAUGUGUGUGUGAGAGAGAGAGAGAGAGAGAGAGAGAGAGAGAGAGAGAGAAGAGACACGAGACGCCGGGCUGCGUCCGUCUGCAACGUCGCCGGCGCUCUUCUCAUCCCAAAGUGCAUCUGUCAGCGCAGCGCACCUCUGUGGAUAUCAGCCGCCUAAGCACACCGCGUCGAGCGCCCGGGAUCACAAGCACGCCGCUGUGAACGAGAGAGAGAGAGAGAGAGAGAGAGAUUGAGUGCCCGUGCGUGCCGGUGUGUGCGUGUGUGAAAGAGGGACAGAACAGAGAGCAAGUGAGAAAGAGAGAGAGCGAGAGAGAGAUUGAAGCGGUGGAGACGAGCACGACAGCUUUAAUAGAGAAGUGAACAGAUCCCCCACCCCUCCUCCUGUCUUCCUCCUCUACCUCCCUCGUUCUUUUUCCCCUCCUCCUCCCCCUCCUCCUCUUCUCUCUCUCCGUGCGGGUGCCAGCCAGCCGUCCAGAAGACACAAGAGCUGCCGCUGCCGUACCUCCAUCACCGCUACCUCCGCUCCGCUGCUACCGCUACCACUGCCUCCUCCACCUGCUUCUCCUCCUCUCCUCCUCCUCCUCCUCCUCUUCUUCCUCAUUCCUCCUCUUUUCUCCACCUCUAUCCCUCCGUCUUUCCCCCCUCCACACACACAUAACACUCUCGCUGGAAGCUGUUUCACACAGGCAGACAGAGAGAGCGAAAGAGAGAGCGAGAGAGAGAGAUAGCGAAAGGAAGAACGAGAGCAGAGAAUCGUUCCUUUUGUCCUCCGCGCGCGUCGCUCGUUGGGACUAUUGUGGGACUAUUGCAUUUGUCGGACUAUCAUCACUUUUCUGUGAGAGGACAUCGCCACGGAGUCUUGCAUCUCGGAAAACCGCUCGGAGCAGCUGUGUGCGUAAAGUGUCAAGGUGCGUGUGUGUGUGAGUUAACUGUCGCCACCCCGUCGCCUCUCGUCCUGCCAUCGCGGACCUCUAACACACCUGCUCGCGCCAGUGACUCCCCCGGUUCCGCGUGGAACGUCCGUCGGAGCCCUAGAACACAGCACCGAAGCAGCGCAGACUCGGAGUAACACCAGCGGCUUUUCUGUGCCUAUCGGCGAGGUUUGAAAGCGGAACGCUUCUCCUCACCCCUUGAGGCACACACACACACACACACACUCACUCUCACUCACGCAAUCUUCCGACAGCCAAAAGGAUUCCAUCUACAUGGGCAAGCGAUUGGAACAGCAACCAAUGUACCCCCAGUACACCUAUUACUACCCCCACUAUCUCCAGACCAAGCAGCCCUAUGCUCCACCCCCUCACCCUAUGGCUCCGCCUAGCCCCACCUCCAACAGCUGUAGCCAUGGCGGCGCCGAGCAGCUGAGCAAGACCAACCUGUACAUCCGCGGCCUGCCGCCCGGAACCACCGACCAGGACCUCAUCAAGCUCUGCCAACCGUAUGGAAAAAUUGUGUCAACCAAGGCCAUCCUGGACAAGAAUACUAACCAGUGCAAAGGCUAUGGCUUUGUGGACUUCGACAGCCCCGCGGCCGCACAGAAGGCUGUGUCCUCCCUCAAGGCCACCGGCGUCCAGGCUCAGAUGGCCAAGCAACAGGAGCAGGACCCCACUAACCUGUACAUCUCCAACCUGCCGGUGUCCAUGGACGAGCAGGAGCUGGAGAACAUGCUCAAGCCCUUCGGCCACGUCAUCUCCACGCGCAUCCUCCGAGACGCCAACGGGGUCAGCAGAGGGGUCGGCUUCGCCAGAAUGGAGUCUACUGAGAAGUGUGAAGUCGUCAUUCAGCAUUUCAACGGCAAAUACCUGAAGACACCUCCAGGCAUUCCAGGGUGUGGUGACGGAUGGAUCUCCCAGGCGGUCGCGCCCUCGUCACAGGAUGUUGGAGGGCAGCAGCAGCAACUCCAUGUGGAGACGGCUGGUGAGCACGUGCCCACCUACUCCUACCAGUCCAAAUAGCAACGGGACAGGGAGAAUGUACCUGUGACAGCAUUGCCUUGAGUCAGGGGUAGAAGAGGCCGCACUGAGACUGAGGAGAGAGGAACUGACGGAUUGCUUCCAGAUCGCCCGGGCACCCCCCCCCAAAAAAAGAGAAAAGACAAAAAAACAAACAAAAAAAAGAAAAAGAAAACUAGGGAAAAAAAUGUAAAAGA